UAGCUGAAAGGCUUAGGUCGAGUUUAGAGCCGGUCGAGACGAGGUAACCAUAGUUUUAUAUAUUAAAACUGUAAUAAACCUAGUUGUUAUUAUUAUUUUUUUAUACGCACUUUAGAUAUUAUUUGAUCAAGUUAACAGUUUCGUUUAAACGUUGAUCCCAAAACGAGUCGAUAAAAUCGCACAAGGAGGCCUAAAGAAACCAAACCGGCAAACAAAGAAGCCCAUUCUCCGAGACACGCACACAUCCUCAACACUCUUUAGUUAUGAGUCAUGUGGCCGUCGAAAAUGUACACGGUCUAGAACAGCAGAUUGCUGCCCUAGACUUGAAAUCUGAUGCCCAGGGAGGAGGCACUGGCAGACGUUACAUUCCACCCCAUUUAAGGAACAAAGAGUCAUCCAAAAAUGAUGUUCCAGGUGGAUGGGAUGUUGGACGAAGCAAUGGAUUUGUGAAUGGUUUUAAUGAUGGUCGUGAUGGCUACAUGAAUGGGAGCAGCGCGUUUGGUAACCGUGGGUCCAUACGCAAUGACCGCGGCAGCCGAGGAGGUGGUUUCAGAGGCAGGGGCAGUGGAUCCUUUGCUAUUCAACCAGUACAAAACGCAGGCUUUGGCUAUGAAAACAAAGAUGGAGGUGGCUGGAAUGCCCAAAAAGAUAAUGCCUAUAACAGCUUUGGUGGGCGCACUGACAGGAACAAAUCUGCCUUCUUUGAGCGUGGCGAUCGUGGAUCUUCCAGGGGAAGGUAUGAGCGUGGAGGUUUCGGGAGUGGUGGAAACAGUCGGUGGGUUGAGGAGGCUAGAGAUGAAGAGGACUGGUCCAAACCACUCUCUCCCAAUGAAAGGCUGGAAAAUGAGCUAUUUUCUGGAAGCAACACCGGGAUUAACUUUGAGAAAUACGAUGACAUUCCUGUUGAAGCCACUGGCCACGACUGUCCUCAACACAUUGAGAUUUUCCAUGAUUUAGACAUGGGUGAGAUUAUUAUGGGAAACAUCACCCUGAGUCGCUACUCACGCCCCACUCCGGUCCAGAAAUACGCCAUUCCAAUUAUCAAAUCCAAAAGAGACCUGAUGGCAUGUGCACAAACUGGCUCUGGUAAGACUGCAGCAUUCUUACUGCCAGUGCUGAGUCAGAUAUACACAGAUGGACCAGGAGAGGCCUUGCAGGCUACAAAGAACAAUCAGGAAAAUGGCAGAUAUGGACGUCGUAAGCAGUAUCCACUUUCUCUGGUUUUGGCUCCAACUAGGGAAUUGGCUCUCCAGAUCUAUGAUGAGGCUAGGAAGUUUGCGUAUCGUUCCCGUGUACGCCCAUGUGUAGUAUACGGAGGAGCUGACAUUGGCCAGCAGAUUCGCGAUCUGGAGAGGGGCUGCCACCUGCUAGUUGCCACCCCUGGUCGUCUUGUAGACAUGAUGGAGAGGGGCAAGAUUGGUUUGGAUUACUGCAACUACUUGGUUUUAGAUGAAGCUGACAGGAUGCUGGAUAUGGGUUUUGAACCGCAGAUCCGUCGUAUUGUGGAGCAGGACACUAUGCCCCCUAAAGGGAUGCGCCAGACUAUGAUGUUUAGUGCCACCUUCCCAAAGGAAAUCCAGAUAUUGGCACGUGACUUCCUGGAAGAUUACAUCUUCUUGGCUGUAGGCCGUGUGGGCUCCACCUCUGAGAACAUUACCCAGAAAGUUGUCUGGGUAGAAGAGAAUGAUAAAAGAUCCUUCUUGCUUGACCUUCUGAAUGCCACAGUCAUGCCAGGUGAGGGUCAGGAUGGUUCUGGAGAAAACAGUGAAAAACCUAGCAAAGAUUCUUUGACUCUGGUUUUUGUGGAAACCAAGAAAGGUGCUGAUGCACUUGAGGACUUUCUGUAUCGUGAGGGCUAUGCCUGCACCAGUAUCCAUGGUGACCGUUCACAGAGAGACCGUGAGGAGGCCCUCCAUCAGUUUCGCUCUGGAAAAUGCCCAAUUCUGGUUGCCACUGCUGUGGCUGCACGUGGGCUUGACAUCAGCAAUGUGAAACAUGUCAUCAACUUCGACCUGCCCAGUGACAUUGAGGAGUAUGUUCAUCGCAUAGGCCGUACUGGUCGUGUGGGAAAUCUCGGUCUCGCCACUUCUUUCUUUAAUGACAAGAACAGCAACAUUACAAAAGACCUCCUGGACAUCCUGGUGGAGGCCAAACAGGAAGUGCCAUCAUGGUUAGAAAGCCUGUCUUAUGAGCACCAGCACAAAGGCAGCAGUCGUGGCCGAUCAAAGAGGUUCUCUGGAGGUUUUGGAGCCAGGGACUACCGUCAAACCAGCAGCAGCAGCAACCCUAGUGGAUGCUUUGGAAAUCGUGUCGCUCGUACUUCCGGUGGCCAUGCUGGCGGCCGUGGAUUUGGCGGGGCUAAGGGGGCAUUCGGAAAUUUCUACAACAGUGAUGGUUAUGGUGGAAACUACUCUCAGGUGGACUGGUGGGGAAACUAACCACUUUAACCACACGCGCACCUUUUCUCUCCCCAUGAUCAGUGGGCCCCACACCAAACUCACUGAAUGGAAACCACAUGUAAUUAAGCCAGGCUAUCAACGCUGUGUAGCAUUCAAAAACUCUACAGUACAUUAACACCUGUGAUUCUCUGACCACAUCCUGGAAUAAUGCAUCACUGGCUGUAGGAGUUGGAAUACAUUGGCCACAGAAGGAAUUUGCCUGUCUGUGGAAAGGCAAAAAGUGGAAAUGUCACUUGUUUUUGGCUCUUACUUUUUAUUCCACUACAUCACACAGCUUUUUUUGCAGUAAAGGAGAAUCAUUUGUCAAUAUACUGUGCCUUUUUUGAAUUUGGACUCUUUACUUUAGAAACAUCAUGGCUGACCAUUGGCCACAUUUUGUAUUUUGCAUUUUUUUUUUUUAUUUGUAUUUCUUUUUUUUUCUUUUCAAAAGGUUAUUUGAAGGCACAAAAUACGAUUUCUCAAACCUUGGCAACUUUAGGAAGGUUUGGCUCUGGAGGCGAAACCUUGUUCUGAACAUCAAAUUAAUCACAAGGGAAACCAGGUGCAUUACAGAAAUGUACCUGCCCCUCUUUACCUUUGCUUUGCAAAGGAAAGGAAGAUCUUGAUGAAAAUGUUAAUCUUGCUCACUCUAUCCUGGAGAGGUACCUCUAAGGGAUGUGGUAGUCAUCUGGAAAAAAAUAAAGCUUUAGCAAGCCAUUCCAAUAUAUUAUCAGUAACCACAGUGAGCAGUUUGUACCUCCAUUCACACCAGUGUUUGGAUGCACAACACUAGUAUGCUCUUAUGUAAAUCAUGUUUUCAGGCAGCCAGUUCAGUAAUGGGUGCUGCUUGGACUUUUUUUUUUUUCGUUCUGUUUUUUACUUGAACUUUUGUGGAGUGGCAGUUAUGUUUUAUACUUUUACUGAAUACGUUUGGAAACGGACAAAACCCGUGAGCUACGAGCUACUGCAUUAGUGAAAAGUUCAAGUUGCUGUAUUUGGACUGGUGUCUGAGUAGACAGGCCCUAAAUGCCAGUCUCUGCAGCAAUUCGCAUGGCAAGUGUUCUUGUUUUUUUGGUCAAGUAGAUAGUCCAACAAAUUUCUGAAGCAGGCUUUCCUUUUUUUGAAUAUCAAAUAACAUCUUAGUGAUUUUUUUUUUUCUUUUUUCCCCCACUUCCUCCCCCCUCAAGUUGCCCUGAAAUUUAUAGUGACCUGUGUAGUCUAGAGAAACUGCUUCCCUGCAAGACCUCUGAAGGGAGGAAGAAGGGGGAGGGGUGAAGGGGAAAUCAGGAACAGUUUAUACGAAAGGAAUUGCACAGUAGGAAGCAAAGUCUAGUGGCAUUGGAGUUUUGGCUAAUACACUUUUUUAUUUUAUUUUUUUGGUAGUAGUUGUAGCUGGUGUUUUCUUGGUGUCUUGGACAAAGUAAAAGUUACAGUUCCCCUUCCCUCCAAGUUAAUUGAGGACCUCUGUGAUGGUGUGGAGACUAGGUCGGCAGUCACUCUUUGCAACUGGCACUCCCUUUAAGCAGUUGAGGUGGUUAGGAGGUUGGGGGGGUGAGGGCAUGAUACUACAUUUUACUGAAGUGCAAUAGAUUUCCUCAAGCAUGCUGUGCCUUUUGACGUGUAAAAAAAAAAAAAAAAAAAAGAACUGAAGUGGAUGCACUUGACCAGUAUUGUGGUAACUUGAGACAAGUGGUGCUAUUUAGGUUUAGGCCCUUGUAUGUUAUGCCCAGUUUUACAAAAACUUAUUUUAUUGCACAUCAAGAGUUUUAUACAAGUCUUCAGUGUGUGUCCUUAGGCUUCCAAUAUUCUGUGUAAGCCUGUAAAUGCAGCUUGUUUACAAAACGGAGGGGUUCUCAAUAUUUAGCCAGGAUUCAUUUGGGACCAGGGAAUCGGCAAGGGGAAUUUAGCUACUUGCACACAGAUUACUAGAUUCUACUUUUUUGCUGCUAGUUUGUGUAAUUUAUUAAGCAUUUUUGAGAAAUAUUUAUUUUUAUAAACCUAAAAGUGAUCGUUUUCAUGUGAACUUGACCAAAAGACCGUACAAAAACACUGGUACUUGAAUGUUGAAUGCCACCUGUAUGCGUGAAACUUCUAUUUUUCGGGGUAGUGUGAGCUUUUUAAUGUUUAAGGUCAUUUUGAAAUCUGUCAAUCCUCACUUCUAGACUGUACACUUCUGGCCAAAAAUUCCUCCUUAAAAAAAAAAAAAAAAAAAAAAGAAUUGGCAACCAAAUUAAACACUAUGCCAAGGUUUGGACAACAGAUCAAAAUAAUUUUCUAAUAUCAGCGCAAAUUGUCCCAAGGUUUGUUUUUGUUAGUUGUUGGUUCUUUUUUUUUUUUUUUUUUGUUUUUUUUGUUUUAAUAAGUAAUUGAAUUUUGCCCCCAGUGAAUGUCUAGCUGAUGGCAAUCUUAAGAAAAUUAAUACUUGUGGUUCUUCUGUUGCAUUUGCAGAAAUUUGGUAUUUGGAAACCUUGUUCUAUGGUUUGGUGCUAAAUUCAGCUAGUCUUAAUUACAAAGCAGUUUAAUGUACAUUGGGCAGGAAAUGAGGCGUUUAUUCACCAACCCAUUACAAAGAAUAUCAGUGGUGCCCUUUUUGCUUUCUGUACUAGUUUAAAAGAUGUGCACUGUGUUAAUUGUAAGAUUUUACGAAAAUAAAAAUUAGAAAUGGCAAAAUGCAA